CAUGACCUUUCACCCCGCUUCCCCUGUAAAUCCCUCGAUAGCAUGCUAGUUGCAGAGUUCUUGCUAGCUGUAAACAUUGAAGCAUGCUUAAGUAACCAGGCUGCCCUUCAACUUUGUAACAGAUUUCGCAGUGAGAUAUGACACGAAGGAGGACACUCGGUCAGGAAGAUUCGGGCUGUUAGCCGGACGUUUAUGCCUGUUUUCGCCUUUACUCCAGUCAUGAUGGGGAUUUUCCAGAGAGCAUUAAGACUGAGAACAGCUCUCAGACAUCUCAGCCCCCAUAGCACCUUCUCAUCAACACCCACAGCUGGACCUUCACCUAGGUACCUCUGCGGUUCAUUUCCUCCCAUUACAUCAUGGCAGUUUGGAGUCUGCUGCCGAAAGCUGCACUCUGCAGCAGACGGGUCCAAGCCGUCCCCAGCUGCAGCCCCAGACAGGCUGCCCUUCUCUACAAUAACUCAGGAAGAUUUAGCCUUCUUCAGGAAGAUCCUACCAGGCAGAGCCAUCACCGACCCGGACCUGCUGGAGUCCAGUAAUGUGGAUUGGCUCAAGUCAGUGAGAGGUUCCAGUGAAGUGUUACUGAGGCCUCAAACAACAGAGGAAGUUUCUCAAAUUCUCAAGUAUUGUAACGGUCGUAAUCUGGCGGUGAACCCUCAAGGAGGUAACACUGGGCUGGUUGGAGGCAGCGUGCCUGUCUAUGAUGAGGUCAUCCUCUCCACUGCUCUUAUGAACAACAUCCUCACAUUUGAUAGUAUCUCUGGCAUUCUGACCUGUCAGGCAGGUUGUGUCUUGGAGAGUUUAUCCGUUUACCUUGAGGACAGAGAUUACAUCAUGCCACUGGAUCUGGGGGCAAAGGGCAGUUGUCACAUUGGGGGAAACGUGGCAACGAAUGCAGGAGGACUCCGGCUGCUGCGAUAUGGUUCCUUACACGGGACUGUGCUGGGUCUGGAGGUGGUGUUGGCAGAUGGGCAAGUGCUGGAUUGCUUGGCCACACUGCGUAAAGAUAAUACAGGAUAUGACCUCAAACAGCUCUUCAUAGGGUCAGAGGGAACACUGGGGGUCAUCACUGCAGUGUCCAUCCUUUGUCCACGGAAACCCAAAUCUGUCAAUGUGGUUUUUCUGGGCUGUGAGACGUUUGAGCAGCUACUGAAGACAUUUCAGCUCAGCAGAGGCAUGCUGGGAGAAAUUCUAUCAGCCUACGAGUUCCUGGACAGUGAAUGUAUGAGGCUGCUGAAUACGCACCUCAAACUAACGAAUCCCAUCUCAGAUUGUCCGUUCUACGUUGUCAUAGAAACAUCUGGAUCUGACCCAACACAUGACGGGGAGAAACUCCACAAUUUCCUAGAGGAGGCGAUGACAUCAUCAUUGGUCACCGAUGGGACUGUGGCAACUGAAGACUCAAAAAUAAAGGCACUGUGGUCGAUGCGUGAACGUGUCACAGAGGCGCUGACUCACGACGGCUUCACUUACAAGUAUGAUAUCUCACUUCCGGUGGAGCGGAUCUACCAGCUGGUGACGGACAUGAGGGAGCACCUGGGGGACCGAGCCAAGAGUGUGGUGGGAUACGGACACGUAGGAGAUGGAAACCUCCACUUGAACAUCACCUCUCCUGCCAAAGAUCCCGCUCUUCUCGCUGCCAUCGAGCCCUUUGUCUACGAGUGGACGGCCAGCUGUCACGGCAGCAUCAGUGCAGAGCACGGACUGGGCCUGAAGAAGAGGAACUAUAUCUACUACAGCAAACCCAGCCAGGCUGUAGCUCUCAUGGGUAACAUCAAGGCCAUGCUGGACCCCAAGGGGAUUCUCAACCCAUACAAGACUCUACCAGAUAACCUGAAAUGAACCAGACUGUCUCAGUCGUGGGGUAAGAGGUAACGUAUACAGAGCUCAUGCAGGAGCUCGGUCUAAGCUAAAACCUUAUUGCCCCGUGGUUUUUAUGGCAGUUCACGCUCUUUCCUAUGAAACCUUUUUCACACAUUCAGUGUUGAGCUGCAGGUUUUUCAUUGUCAUCUGCACAAAGCAUUUCUUUUAGAAUGACAUUCACUUCAACAAGCUGCUGAAUUUGUACUGUAGUAGUCUUUAGACUCUGGAAUAUUACAAGUGAAGUUACCGCUCCCAUCUACUACUUAUUCCUUAGAAUGGAGUUAGAUCUUAAAUUUAGCAUACUUCGUAUAAAAGAUGAGUACACUAAUGUCUGGAUAAAGAGUAUUAAGGUGUUCUGCAUUUUAAAGUUGUGUAAAUAAGCAAUGUACAUAUGAACCUGACUAUUGUUUAAAUAUAUACUUGAAAGAUUGUGAACCUUAAAUUGUAUUUGUGCAAAUACACUCACAUUGUUAACAGCUGUUUAGGUCCACGUAUCUAAAACUAAUGCAGUCUAAUACAAUAGUCCUGCAGUAAAUUGGGAUACUCUGAUAAAAAUGGGACAUAUAAAAUAAUCGAAACACCUGUCAGUACAAUGCAAUGAAGUUCAACAGUUGAAUCAACGCCUCUUUAAACAGUGGCAAAUGGAAACUGAACAUAAACUUCACGAAGGUCUGAUUUAUUGCAGGACUGUUGUAGUUUGAGCUAGGUGGACCUAAUAUACUGGCCAUUGAGUGUACAUAUUUUCUAAACUCAUAACACAGACUGGGCAAGAGUGCAGUAACUGUUUUAUCAAAUAAAAAAAGACAUAAGACAAAGCAGAAAAAAAUCCCAAUACAAACCCAGCAUUUGUGAAAAAAUGUAUUUAUAACCACACGCAUAUGUAACUUUAAACUCUGUUUGAAAUGAAUCUUUAA